UUCCGUUAAUAGUUUACUAAUACUACUCAUCGCAUUCAUUCUUGCUUUCCUUCUCUCUAGAUUUAUUAGUUGAAGGUAUUACUGUACUAGAACAACAAUGAAAAAGAAUGCGUGGCUUCUCUUAUGCCUGCUUUUUAUGGAAUGUUAUCUCGAUAAAGCCAUGGGAAGGGGAAUAGCAACGCAAGAGAAGGAAGAUGCAGCAAUGCCAGUGGCAACAAUGUCGCCGCCGGAAGGCAACACGACAUUCAUCGACGGCACGACAUGGUGUGUAGCGUUAGGCGGUGUUUCUCAAGUUGAUUUGCAGAAUGCUCUGGACUGGGCUUGUGGCCUUGGAAUGGCGGAUUGCGCCGCCAUUCAACAAGGCGGAGCGUGUUAUGAACCGGACACACUGCUGUCUCAUGCAUCCUUUGCCUUCAACAGCUAUUAUCAAUCUAAUGGCAACUCUGAUAUUGCUUGUAAUUUUGGAGGAACUGCUACUAUCACCAAACAUAAUCCCAGUUAUGGAAAAUGUGUCUUUCGUACUUCUGGAUCUUUAGAUUCUUCUACAGCUUCUAUGGGAAAACACAGGCAAAGCUUGAUUUGGUGGGAAAAAAUUGGUACCAUUCUAUGGCUUUCAUACAUUUGGAUGUGAGUUAUGGUCGGUGAAGCUGUGUGUGCAAAA